ACGCCCGAGAGCACGCAGAGCUAGCUAGCUAGCGAAGCGAAGGAGAAAAAUGGCCGGAGCAGGUGGCAGGAACUUUGGAGCAGAUUUCCCUCUGCAGUCGCCGAGAGGACCCGACGGUUUGUUGACACGACACUAAACAUGCUUGUAUUCGUAGCCGCGCCCUCGCAGAUGUUGAGCUGAAGAAAAUAAUCGACAAACUAGCCAACUUUGUGGCUCGGAACGGGCCGGAGUUCGAGCAGAUGACGAUGAACAAACAGCGGGAGAAUCCGAAGUUCCAGUUCCUCUUCGGCGGAGAAUGGCACGCCUACUACAAGUGGCGUGUGACCACCGAAACUCAGCAGAAUCAAGGUGGUUUCCAGCAUCCACCAGCUGCAGUAGGAGGAGUGUCACCAAUCCCACCGCUUAUCCGACCGCUCAUGUCUGUGGGGACCUACCCGCAAAUCCCUCCCAACAUGCCUCCUCCGUUCCCCCCUGCCCCACUCUUCAGAGGGGGGCCCCCUCCCCACGGAUUUCCCCCUGCGUUUCCUCCGAACAUGCCCCCUCUUUCCCUCCUUCCUCAGUCAACCCUGGCCCCUCCCUCUUCCUCCCAGAAUCAACCGCAGCCGCUGUCCCUCAUGGCAAGCAACCCUCCCUGGCAACAGCAGCACCAAGCCCCGCCCCCUACCAAGCAAGCCCCGCCCACUGGCCCAACCCACCAGCUUCAGCUGGUCUGUCAGGAGCUACAGAAGGAAAUAGAGACGUACGGGGUGACUGAUCCAAUGGAACUUGAGUUUGGUUCUGUUGUAAAGAGACUAAUGGAAUCUUGCACCAAGGACUCCAUCGCUUCUGGAAAGGGGUGGAUAUUUGCUCACACUCAUCAACCCGACGAUUGCGCGAAGGUUGCGAAAUUUCUACUCAGAAAAACUCUGGACGGUCCUGGGGUGGGAUAUAACGAGAAACUCCACGUAAUUUACCUCAUUAACGAUGUCAUCCAUCAGUGGUAAGCACCACCCCUAAUUCAACACUCCAGAUAAUAAAUACACACACGCAUACACCACGCGACUAUUUCAACACUCCUUUACAAACCCCCACACACACACACACCGUAUACGUGUACCCGACUGUGUUCUGUACUCAUGCAUGCUAGCUGUAUAUAUACGUAGCUCUGCAUGGCAAUGUGCAUGAUAAUGUUGCACGCUGUACAUACACAUGUUGCAUGAGAGAGACCCUGUGCCUGUGUUGUUUACUCGACUGCUAUUCUGACUCAUUGAUAGUGCACGGAAAGGGGCGCAGGACCUGCUGCAGGUAAAACAUCGUGUCUCCCUACCCUCCAACCCAAAGGAAACACUCACAGUUUUAUUUCGAUACGUUUUGUGUAUUAUUAUAUAUCAGUCAUGUCUUGUGCAUUAUCAAUGCAUGCAUACAUAUGGGGCGGUAGGGGAUGGCAAAGUAUGCAUAAUAUAACGUGUCUGUGUACACACAAUAUGCAAACAUGGUUUAGGCACAUACAAAGAGUUUCUUUGUCCAUAGACCUGUGCUGUGCAUUACGUACUGCACCGCACCAUAGAACUGUUUGUGAACAGACUGCUACAUACAUACGUUAGCAUGUUAUAUACGACCUCCCCCGCUCAUGUGCAUUAUAUCGACAGGCUAUUGAGGACCUUGUGGUGCAGAUGGUGUUCAACGUAUACAGCAGUACAUCUCCCGAGAAUGUGGACACCCUCGUGAAGGUUGUGAGACUUUGGGAGGGACAGAAAUACUUCCCCGACUCUGUGCUACUGGUAAACCAGUUCGUCGUUGGAUUGCCGAUCGAUGUACGGUAUUUUGUUUGCCUAUGCCACACACACAAUAUACUCAGCAAAUCCAAGAAAUUGUAGAAGAAAGCGGAGGAAGAGGAGGAGGUGAAAAAUUGGGGAGAGAGAAAGAGGGAGGGGAGGGAGAGACGAAGGCUUGGUCUGAAGGGAACCAACAGCCCCGCCCUCCGUGGGAGACAGCUCAGCAGCCACGCCCACCCUGGGAGCAGCCACCACCCGACAACCAAAAACCUCCUCCCUGGCAACAGGGCCAGGCGGAGCAACAGAAACCUCCGCCUUGGAAUGCGGAGCAGUCCCAAGUAGUGCCGCCGUGGCAACAAGACUCGCAGGGAAAACCUCCGAUGCUGCCGCCAUGGCAACAGCAGUCUCAGCCACACCCCUGGGAAAAGCAGCCAGAGUCAAACAACCCGCCGAUGUUACCAUGGCAACAGCAGCGAGCUCCACCCGCAUGGCCUCCUCGACCGGAAGGACUCCGCCCCCCUCUGUGGGGUGGCCACCCAGGGGCUCCCCCUCCUCCAUGGCAACAGCAACAACAGCAGGGACCACCUCCAGUGGGAGGACCAACUCCUCUCUUCCCGCCCUCCAACCCAGCCGCUGUGUCAGAGCACCCUCCUCCCCCUUCUCUCCCCUCGUCUCAGGAAGACCAGAAACAUCAACAGCAGCUGGAGUCAAACGAUGGAGAACAGCGGGAAGAGGGCGGGCAGGAAAUGGAGGAAGUUGAAGCAGUUCCAUCGUCUGGUGAACCUGGUGAAACAGGUGGUCCACCUCGCGCUGAAGGUGGCAGCAGCCCAGACCGAAACACACAUCCUCGUGACGACAAUGACGAUGAUGACAGGGAGCCUCCCGAUUUACCCCCAGACGGCCUGCCACCAAGAAGACACUUCCUAGAGACGUUUGACUACCAACAUGGCCGCCAGCUCGGGAGAGGGUUCAGGGAGCAUUUCCAUGACGACAUACCCCCUCACCCACGUGAGGUGUAUGAGUACAACCAUCGCCCGCCUCCUCACUGGGAUCUUCCUCCUCCCCCUCCUCACCACCUCCCUCCCCUCGAUCCCCGAAUGCACUUUGAUUCAUGGGGGGCCCCUCCUCCUCCCCACCUUCCCCUGCCCCCCGAUCUCCCUCCUCCCAUUCCUUACUAUGACCUUCCUGCCGGGCUAAUGGUGGCUGUCGUUCCUCUGUUUGAGCACAGCUAUAGAGCUCUGGACCCGCGAGAUAUCCGUCUCCCACCUCCCCAGCCACCCAGCGAGAGACUGCUCCAGGCCGUGGACGAGUUUUAUAAGCCUUCCUCCGACGACAAGCCACGCAACGAGGAAGGCUGGGAAGCGAGAGCAUUGCUGGAUUUCUUUGAAGCUAAGCACAGAGCAAAGAACAGUGCCCGAUACCGACCAAUGAGACGACUGCCUCCACGACGACCAAGGUCUCGGUCCUAUUCCAGAUCACCACCUCCCAGAAAAAGACGAUCUCGGUCGUACUCCCGUUCCCGAUCCAGGAGCCGGUCGCGUUCCAGACCACCUCGGUCCAGGAGCCGUUCUCGCUCACCAUCUAGGCGUUUGUAUUCAGACGACAAGCCACGUUCUCGGUCGAGGUCUCGUUCCAGAUCCCCGCACCACUCCCGCAGUCGCCGAAGUCGCUCCCGGUCUCCGUUCAUUCUAAUUGCCGAGGACAGACCGCUCCCCCCUCCCCCUCCGGUGGCUGUACAGGCGUCCACUGAGACUAAACUCGGAGGUGGAAAUGUUGGCCAUCAACUUCUAAAGAAGAUGGGUUGGGAGGAGGGGGCGGGGUUAGGGGCCAGAGAACAGGGGAUACAGGAGCCAAUAAAGGGAGGGGAGGUGAGAGACAAGAACGACAAGUACAAGGGGGUUGGUAUGGACAUGCAGGAUCCGUUUGAGCUCUUUAGGAAAAACAAGAGCUAUACGUUCAAUAGGUCUCGUGCCCCACCUUCCCCACCUUGACUAUCCUGCUGGACGCUAUAAUGGGGAGCCACCCUAUUAGCAAACAUCAUAAUGACGUCAUGUUCACGGCAACACCCAUCAUGCAUGUCGCGUAUUUGUCAACUUCUUGUUGUCUCUCCAUUUUCACCUUUCACCUCUUGUCGCCCCCCUCUUUGAAUCGAUUUUAUUGAAUUGCUGCUAAAAUAAUUACGAUAUUAAUAAACAGUAUUAAUAUUAGUUUUUCAGCUCUCAUAUAUCACCAUGCUCUUUUGUCCAAUUGAUGUAUCUUGCCACCUUCUCGCUCUCCGCGACCUUCCCCGUGUAUCUUGUGCUCUCUCUCCAGCGGACUCUGUCCUCACGUCUUGUCUUCCUCCUCCGAACUGCUGUAGUCCAAUCUCAGGACUCCACCCUCUAUACCCCUCACUAAUGAAGACUCCUUCAUCACACACUCGUCGAUUCUGUUACCACUAAGUUCCCCUGUUGUCCACUGUGACUUAGACGAGAGAAAAUACGACGAUGGUGCUCUUUGCAUCCCUUCGGAAAGGACAUGGAAUUCUUGUGAGGUAGAACUUGACACGGGCUUCUUGCUGGACAUUUUCUCUUCCUCGGCCAAUAGAGGUGAAUAAAGCCUCUUGAUCUGAGGUCCACUUGCCUCUUUAGCCGGCUCCGUAGACUGCCCCUCCCUAUGUCUCUUCCUCUUGUAGCCUCGUGGUUGCCAUGGCACCACGUCCCGGUAGCUAGGGUCCAGGGAACGUACCUUGGCAACAAAUCUGCAGGGACAGAAAAGAGAGUGUCGCCAACAACCAGGGACCUCAGCCAAGACAAAUCCUCAGUCACACCAACACACACUCAGUGUAAGCUCCACAGCCUGAGCCACUCUGCCACUUCAAAUGAGUGUAAAAUCACAGUUUCUACGGAAGCCAGACCUCAUAUGAUUGGUCACUUAGAGCUCUUAAGCAUUAGACCCGUGGAAAAGUGUCUGUUGAGCAGUGGUAAUAGUUUUUUGGCUCUAGUUCCAAGCAGCUGGCUA